AUGAUGCAGGUCGUGAUCUUCCCGUCAAGAGCCAGUGCCUGCAGCUGCUUGUCCAGCUGCUGCCCUAGUACAACUGCAGCUCGUGCAUUCUCCAGUACAACUGCAUGUGGUAGUAGUUCUACCUCGUGGUCCACCUCAAGUCGCAGUAGAUGGUCUUCCAACAUCCGCUUGCAACGGCAAAGUCACUUAGCGGAUGUCCGAGCUCGCAUCUUUGGCGAACGGGAGAAAAAAGUUGGCGAGCACAUGUUCCGCAGACCCCUAGACGGUCCCGAACUAAAUCGACAUUACUUUCCUUCGAAAUUCAAUUUCCAAAGUUUUCACUUGGAUGAGUACAUGGACAUGCAGAGGGACCGAUUUUUUAACAGAAGACCAGUGCAUCCGUGUGUUGGGGAGUUGGAAAUGGCUUUAGAACAAGUGCGUGAGGGGAGGAAGCGAACUGAGAUUAGGAAUUGGAUUUCUGGCUACAGCUACAUCGCAUCUUCUUCUCAAAGAACUCAGCAAGAGCCUCAACCCCAAGACACAAGCAGCACGAGUAAGCAUCCGACCUCCCAGAAUCAACUCCAAAUAGCUGCUUCACAUAGGAACCGUCUAGAACAGAGAGAUCCUCAAAGUUUGAUCGAUCUCAGUCAACUAUUGGACUUAGCUGAAACUGUACAUCCUGAGACUACCUCCUGUUGGGAAGUCGUUGAGGGUGGUACUUCGACAAGAACCUCUUUGGAGGCAUCACAGCAAGUUGAUGGGGCUGAGGGAGCUGAUACAGUAGUGGGUGUUGAUGUCGAUGUCAAGGGAGUUGAAGAUAUUAAGGAUUCCUUGUCUACUAGUACUGACAAGUCAACUUCAACCGAGGAAAGAGCUGAACCAUUAUCUUCUGACAAUGCUGACAGCCACAGCAGUGCCGAUGCUGGUGAAUCUUUAUCAACCGCUUCGGUUUCUGAGUCUACAACUUCUUCUGGCAAAGCAGAUAGAAUUCUCGGCAUAGAAAAACCUUCUUCUGCAGCAGAAAGCGGAGAAGAGGAGAAGCCGGACUUCCUUGCAAGUUUAUUCCAACAAGACUCAUCUACUAGUCACGACUCCACUUCUACCCAAGAUCUCAUCCAAGAACUCGCAGCCAAAGAAAAAGAGCUUGAGAAGUCUGUGCAGUUCCGUUUCGUAUGUCCGAUGUAUCGCCGUCGUCGUGUCAAAUGGCUCGAUCGCUUUACCAAGGGGCAGCACAAGAAGAAAGCGAAGCAGUAUCAUUCCUACUACUUGGUACAUCCAGACGACAAACCAGUCUUCCCGGAUAACUUGGGAAGUGUAACCGUCAGGUGGCCACAUACGAAGUCAUAAUAUGGAGUGGUACUUUGGGUUUGGGUGGAGGGAAGAUGAUGUGUCCGGACUUGUUGAUGGAUUGUGCAUGAGUGUCGUGAUUGUGAUCAUGCUUUGGUUUCAUAUUGAUUCCUCGCUCCGAAACAAGGAAGAGGAAAUUAUGAAGGAAAAUAA